CCGUUUGUUAUAUGUCUCGUAAUCACAUGAGCCGUCACUGUUUGUCGCCGUGCGGAGGUCUUUUGAGUUCGAACAUGACUCUGCACUUCCAAGAAGAAAACUUUCAGGAUGCAUGGCAAGAGCUGGACGAACCGAAGUUGGAAGGGGGCUGGGAGCUCUUCGUGGAGACAAUGGGCAUUAAAAUAUACCGGCUGUAUCGCGAGCAAUCAGGACUUUAUGAAUACAAAGUUUUUGGAUCUCUCAAAGAAUGUUCCCCUGAACUGUGUGCAGAUGUCUACAUGGAUUUAGAAUACAGAAAACAGUGGGAUAAUUAUGUUAAAGAGUUAUGUGAAAAACAGUGUAAUGAAACAACGUUGAUCUACUGGGAAGUGAAAUAUCCUUUUCCUUUGUCUAAUCGAGAUUAUGUAUAUAUUCGUGAACGAAAAGAUCUGGAAAUUAAUGGACGCAAGAUCUGGGUUAUCCUAGCCAAAAGCAUUGAUGUAUCAGAGUGUCCAGAAAAAUCUGGAAUUGUCAGAGUACAAGGCUACAAACAAAGCCUGGCACUUGAAGAUGAUGGACAGUCAGGUACAAAAGUGUACAUGUCCUACUUCGAUAAUCCAGGUGGAAGCAUUCCAACAUGGGUCAUUAACUGGGCUGCCAAGAGUGGAGUCCCUUCCUUUCUGACGAAUAUGCAGACAGCAUGCAAAAAUUACUCUACCUACCUCUCAAGAAAGAAAAUGUGACAUUUUAAUGAAAAGAAAAUAGAAAUUGACAUGCUGUUUACAAUCAGGUUAUCUCAGGUUGCUAAAGGAACAGUGACUACAGUUUAUCUCUUCUUUCAGAAGAACAACCUAUUAACCAUAACUACAACCAAUGUGGUGCUGCUUUGCAGAGCGUUUUAUUAAAACUUUAGGACAUGGUUACUGGCACUUUUUACAAACUUAUCAUGGUUUAUUUAACUAUCUGGGGUAUUUUAAUAUUGAAACGUAUUUGCAAACACACAUAUAUUAUGUGAUUACAUACAUAUCAUGAUGUCUUUAGCCCCUUCCUGCAGCUGAAAUCCAGUGUCAUAAAUGUGGCCCAGUGAAAAUUUUAUUCAGCUAGCGACUGUGGUACUCUGGUUGAGAAAUUCGUUUGGAUGUGUUUGGCUGCUUUGUGGAGUUUCACACUUUGUUCUGCUGGUAUGUUAAUGAAACUAAUUUACAGAUGCCACAUAGUGUAAAAGUUGUCACAGUGAAAUGUACACAUCGGCAGUCCUUCCAGUUGUUAGAGCUGAUAUAAGAACUCAUGAGAUAACAUUAACAAAACUGUGAUUAGAUAACAGUUAAUAGCUGCAAAAAAAGGACAUUAUGCAUAGUCAAUAGUUGCAACUGCAUUAAAUGUCUUUCCAGUUCAUAAAAAGAUGGAGUAUGUAAUAGCUGCCCCAUUAGAUUUUACAGCAUGUAGUGGUUUAUGCAGAGCUGUGCUCUUAAAGGAGAACUCAUCCAAAAGUCAUUUUUUUCGAAAAAGUGUUUUUCAUUCCCUGUAAUCUAAGACUAAGCACUUCACAUACAGAAAAAAAACAUAAUUUAAUAAUUAUUUUUGCUUUUCUUUUCUGCAUUUUUCUCAUCUGUUACAUCACAACAGCUACUAAGAGUGGCACAGUAAUUAAGUUAGGU